CUGGCCUCGCGGCACGCCAGUAAUAUUUGAGACGUUGAGUAAAUCGAAACCAACGCGAUGGAGAGUUUAUCUGCGGAAGUGAACGAAUUAGUUAAAAACACACUCGAAACGAACGGGUUUGUAGACUACGACGUUGAAAUAACAGGUGGUUCGGAGAAAGGCGACGGUUAUUUAUCUGACAUAAAGAGCAUUAAUGCGGUAGAGAAAACGACCGGCAAAAACCUGACGCUUAUAUUGAAACUUACGCCUACCAGCGAAAAGUUCAGGAAGGUUUUCCCGGUGAAGAAGCUGUUUCUGCGCGAACUCCACAUGUACGAAAAGUUGCUGCCGGAAUUCGACGAGUUUCAAAAUGAACGGCAUAUAUUAAAUCCUUUCGCGUCCGUAGCGAGACUGUACGGGUCGAUAGCGGAGGAGUACAGGGAAGUGCUGCUUUUAGAAAAUCUCAAGGCACGUGGUUUCAGAUUGUGCAACAAAAAAGAGCCGCUCAACUCUGAACAUCUUGAACUAGGUGUUAGGGAAUACGCGAGAUUCCACUCAGUUUCAUUUGCUUUUAAGCAACUCCAGCCCGAGAAGUUUUCAUCUAUUACGGAGCCGAUCAAAAAAAGCGUUGUCGAGGAGUUCAUGGACGUGAAUGAAGAUCCAAACAAACAAAGAGCUUUUUUUAUGGACACUAUAGAAGCCCUUGCUCAUAGUCCGCAGACUCAAACGAAAGUAAUGGAGUUUGCAAAAAAUUGGCUUAAACUAUUCAAAGAAGCUUGUAGUAAUUCUCGAUAUAACGUCGUUAGUCACGGUGACUGCUGGAGUGCCAACUUAAUGUUUCAAUAUGAGGAUGAAGAGAACCCUACCAAACCUUCCCAACUACGCUUAAUCGAUUGGCAAAUGGUAGGUUUGAAUCUACCCAUAGCCGAUCUAAGCUAUUUCUUGUAUGUUAACGGGGGCAAGGAGGACUUCUACGAUUACAAAAAAUAUCUAGGCAUCUAUCACAAUACUCUAGGGGAGAGUUUAUCCGCGUUUGGCUGUGAUGUGGAGGCCAUCUAUUCCUUCAGCACCUUCGAGCAACAGUGGAAAACGUAUUCGAAAUUAGGUUUACUAAACGGUAUUGUAAUGCUGGGACAGAUGGUAUCUGACGCUCCGACUCACGAUUUUGUUGAAUUGGCUGACAAAGGAGAAGAUAUCUUCGAUCCGAAACUGAAACACGAAACCAACAAGAUACUAUUUAAUAAACGGAUUAAUGAUAUUGUAACGUUUUUAGUAGAAAAUGAGUUUUUAUAAAAAAAGCAUUUUUUAUUAAUUUUGCAGUUUUCGUUAAUUUUACAUUUUCUUCUUUUUUGUGUUUGGAAGAUGAGAAAACUGCAGGGCACGAAGUGGUGCCGGUCUGUUUGAGCAGACCCAUUGGCUAUAUUGUUUCUAUUCUCAACCAUACAUCCAGAAAAUAUCAGAUAGAAUGUACCGACCGAAACAUUUAUAA